AGAAACUCGAGAACUACUGAUUUGGGAUCAUCGUCAAACGCAAUGAAUUGGUAAGUAAUCUCUGCUUCUAUUAGUCUAAACGGUCAAAAGAAGUAUUCUAUUCUAACGGACUGAAUUUUUUCUCCUACAAAAACUAAUGUGCGGAUUUAUGCAUGUUCUACUAUUAUCGUUUGAGUCUGUUCUUUGAAUUGUAGAGAAUUACUCUGGUACUGUAGUUUCACUUUUCAAACCUAUUACCGUUGGUUGCGCGCGACUUAGAAAAGCGCGCUAAAGUUUCUUGGCGCCAACUUGCCAGAUUUGUAAAAGUCGAGCGGAGGUUUUUCAGUCUCGUAACAGACUGAAUUUGUCCCCCUACAAAACCUAAUUUGCGGAGUUACACAUUUGCUACUACCACCAUUUGAGCCUGUUCUUGAAAUGUGAAGAAUUUCUCUGUUAGGUUUACGUUCGAAUUGUAUAGCGGUUGGUUGCGUGAGACGGUUAGAAAAGCGCGCUCUUUCCUGCGCCUAAUUUGUAAAAGUUGUCAUAUUUUUGACGCUACGCCUCCAAUACAGACAGAACAUUGGUAAAAUAAAAUAGCCAUUGAGAGAAUGGAUGUGGUUUCAUAUUUUUGCCCUACUUUUUAGCUUAACUAGUAGCAAUCAUGCUUAUUUCAUGAUACACAUUUUUUUUUGUUAUUCAACAACCCUUAUUUAACGUACAACCCUCUUGAAUAUUCAACAAACUGAAAGUGCAGGGAGGGCUUGUUAACGUAGCAGGGAAGAGCGCGGCUGAUGAAUUGAUUUCAUAACUAUUAAUUAGGAAUUUAUACAGAUAAAUAAAUAAUAUAAGCCCCCCAACAAAAGGGCCUUUGAAAAAUGUAAGCCCCGGGGCUUAUUUUCUGAAUUUUACGGUUGCGUCAUAGAUCACUGCGCCAGUCAUAACAACGGAAACACGGCGCCCAUAAUUUUAGUUUCAUUAGACCUUAUAGUAAAUUUUGUAGUUUGAAUUGGUUUUUGUCCUACUAUCGAUAGAUAGAUAUCUGAAUUUACACUAUUCAUUUAAUGACGGUUCCUUUUUAAUAGAUGGCCUUGCACCUGGCAUUAAGACAUUGCUUUGUUAAAAGAGUUAGCUUUCGGAAUUGCGAAAUCUUCCCCCACAAAAAAAACUUAUCGCGAAUCUUAAUGCGAAAUGCUAGCGGUGAGGGUAAAAGGCGGAAUGAGUUUGCGGAAUGGCAUGUGGCACGGCUUGCGGAAUGACAUAAUUAUGUGUAAUGUAAAAUAUGGAAAAUGGCGCAAAGAAAUAAAUUAAACUGAAAAACAUGUGCGCGUCUUUGCCGCUCCUUUUUUUGGUGCCAAUUUGAGUGAGCAACUUUUUUGCAGGCUCAUUUAUUACUGCUGGCUUAAACCAACAAGGCAGAGCAGAAAGUAGCGAUAAGCUUUACUGCAUUCGUGUCUAUGCAACACUUUAAAUAUUUGAUACUUAAUCUAUUUUUGUUCCUUUCGACAAUACUUUCUCUCUCUCUGCCCACCAUUAUAAUAAAUUCAAAUGUCAAAACGCUAGAGGAAAAAGAACGCUUGCUGAACGUGAAGUCAGGCUAGCUACAAUUCUAGGGAUUAUUAAUGAAUCUGGUGGACGGAUCAGAUCAUAUUUGAGACUAAAUGAACGCCCCGAGUCAAACAUUAAUCUGUAAUCCAGAAAUCGAGUGAAGCGAACUGCUUUCUGUCUCGUUUCGGUCUUUCCGCCUGUCUUCGCACCUUCCUUGUUUGUGUGAGUGUGUUCGUUUGAUCGUGAAAAAAUGCUAAAACGGUACGAAAGGGAAAAAAAUGAAAAAAAGACACUCACUCAAUUGCCAGGAUUCGAACUCGCCUUUCUGUGCCAGCUGUUAGCUUCGCGUGCCGGAAACUCGUUAACCAAGCAGCUCAGUAAGGAAACGAAAUACAAGAUCUGUUUUCAUCUCUCAGUGAAUAUUAUGUCACGAGCACGUAACCCACCGUCUAAAAAAAAAAACCACUUCUCACAUGGUUGCAAAUACAAAUAUAGGUAAAAGGAAACUGUAAAGUUCAUCGUGCAAACAUUUUUGCAGAAAAAAAUUAAUUAAGUAGAAGGGAGCCUGACCUUCCAAAACAUCUUUUCUUCAAUGGCCGACUUUCGUGCUGUAGUAUCGGUGCUGCCAUGCAGCCCGACUAAUAAAGGCAAGAAGAAUUUUUGUGGCUGUGCGGAAAAGGCUAAUCGACAAUGAGCCCUCGUGGCUUUUUGAUUGUCAUCGUAUGUCACCAUGAAAACAGCGGCUGCGUUUGCAAAUUGAUUGGCGCCAAAAAAGGACGCACUUUUCAAUUUAAUUUAUUUCUUUGGGUCAUUCUGCAUAUAUUACAUUCCACAAAAUUAUGUCAUUCCGCAAGCCAUGCCACGUGCCAUUCCGCAAACUCAUUCUGCCUUUUACCUUCACCGAAAUGCUAGCAGCAUACGCUAAACUGCAAACCGCAAACUGUGACUUCAAUCACAAACAGUUAAUGUUUGAAAAGUAACACCACGCCUUAAAUUCGUCAGACUUUAACUGAGAUGGAUGCAAAAGGUAGUAUGCCAUAGCUACGGUAAAAGUCUAAUUACGCGAUGCUAGUUUAGGCACGGCAUUACAAAAGCUCAAACUUGUAGACCUUGGUUUACUUGUGGGCCAAUUUCUGAUAGUCAAUAAACAGUUUUGUUAAUAUCGAUACUGAGCAUUUGACAAAUAUCUGACAAACAUAAACGGUUAACGUAAAAGAAAAAGAUGAUUUCUUGUCAAUUGAUGUUAAAUUUGAUCGUGAUUUGAUGCUACAGUUCGAUCUCCAUAUAUCAUAAUUUAUUAAAAAAUACUGUUUGGAAGGUAAAAGAGGACUUAUGUCGCAUGUACACUAUUUGUUAUUGCUUAACAGGGUUGAAAAGAACACAGUGCAAUUUUUGACAAUACAACUAUUUCGGUACAAAGAAGUGAAAUGUACUGUUAACAGUAGUAUUUCGUUUAAGCAGAAAUAAAUCUUAAGUGAAAUCUUUUUUUAAGAUCUAAGUGACAAAAGUGGAUUUUCUAUAAUGCCCCCCUCACCCAAACAUUAUUGGUCCUUCUAAGCAUUUGAAGGUACAGUGGAAUCCCGUCUUUUCGAACCUUCCUUUUUUUACCAACUCGGAAACGCCAACUCGGAAAUGAUAUGCAACCCAAAGGAAAUUGGUUGAUAGUUUCUAGGCUUAAAUUCAUCUCCUGAUUUAAAAGCUGGAACUACUUUGGCGGUUUUAAGUUUAGCUGGGAAAUAGCCUGAGGAUACUGAAACAUUAAAGAUUUGAGCUAAGGGCUGAGAGAUAAUAUGACUAGACAAUUUCCAAAAAACUGGCUGGGCAUGAAUAGAGUCUAUAGGCUUUGUUAUUUGGCAGCUCUUUGAUUUCAGCUUCGACUUCUGCAGGGGCAAAAGGGUCAAAGAAAAAGAGCUUUGUAUUGGUGGAUGUAAAAAGGUACUAAAAUCAUGAUCUGGCGACGAAGAAGGGUUAAAAGAAGCCAACUUAUGUCCAACAGUUGCAAAAAAGUGUUAAGAGAAAAUAAUUACUUAUUUCUUUGUUAUCAAUUUUUAACAGAAUAUUUGAACUGCUGGUUUAUAAAAGACUUAAUAUUAAGUUAGUAAGUCAAUAUACUAUAUUCAUCACAAUAUGGACUCCGCAGUAAACAUAGUACACAACACGCUACUCUAGAAAUCCUAAAUGACAUUCUUACUAGUUUUGAUAAAGACCAAUUUACUUUUUGUUUAUUUAUUGACUUGAAAAAGGAUUUCGACGGUUAAUUAUGAUAUUCUUCUCUCAAAACUCGAAAAUUAUGGCUUUAGAGGAGAGGUAAAUGAUUGGUUUAAGUCGUACCUAAUUGGUCGUAGACAGUAUACGACUGUUAAUGGUUAUAUAUCUGAUGCUCAUCAAACCCUCUGUGGAGUGCCUCAAGGUUCUGUUCUGGGACCCUUGCUUUUUCUCUUGUGUAUUAAUGAGCUAUAUAAAUCUCCAAAUAAGCUUCAGUUUUACUUGUUCGCCGAUGAUACUAGUUUAACUUAUACAAACGGAGAUCUUAAAAAAACUUGAAACUGAGCUGAUUAACGAAGAACUUUUCAAAGUGUGCUCGUGGCUAGUGGUCAACAAAUUAACCUUGAAUAUCGAAAAAACUAACUAUAGCAUCUUUCGUCCACGUCAAAAGACUAUUCCUUUUCAUCCUAAUAUCAAAAUAAUUAAUAUAGAUUUCGCCCGGGCUAAAAGCGAAGCCUCCGUUUCUAUACUUAUGAUAAAAGCAAUCAAAUUUAGACUAGUAACAUGAACUCCAAGCCAAAAAAGAAAAAGAAAAAGAAAUAAGGAGCCUUCGGCAUCAGUUCACCUUUAGACAGAAGGGCUAAAUUAUUACGAAGAAAUAUCCCGCAAACAAACCUGAAUUGAAAAAAUUGUGAAAUUGUAGGUCUCUUCAGUAGCAGCAAUGUACAGGUUACGAUUUCUAGGGUCAGUAUUUCUGUCUUAAAGGGAAGACCUAAAAGGAAAAAUGGGGCCGACUUAGGGACUUUCGUGUUCUCAUUAUAUUUUGUUUUCUCUUUUUUUAAGCGUGCCCGUACCACCAGUUUUUAUCGUGGGUGGAGACAAAUUGGCUGUCUGUGAACAGUAAGUAUCCUGGAAAGUCUCAUACAAUUUAUUGUAACGUUGUUACAGUAAAUAGGCCACUUCCGAGUUCCAAAAACCUUCACUUUCAAAAUUAGGCUAGGUGCACAACCUUUCUUGUGAAAAUGAGCUUUAUUUGCUUGAGAGUGAAAAAUAAUUUCCAUAUCAAAGGCUGAGCACCUAACCACGUUAUGACACAGAGGCCCGGGGGAACUCGGAAGUGGCCUAUUGUAAGGGACUUUUGAAGCACUUCAAGCAGUAUCCGAGCGAAGUGUUAUAAUCCUUUUCUUAUAACACGGAUUUGAUAUUUAAUUUCCUCUAUACAAAUGCGAUUACCGGUCUAUGCUUGUCAUCAAGUUGUAAUAAAUGCGUCUCAAUUUUCGCGAGAACAAUGAGGCUUGUGUUUAUUUGCUGUCGUCUGGUUCUCAGUAGCACACACUUUGGCAAACGAGAUAAUUUAAAACUAGUAAUAGUUGACACUACAGCUGCCCCCGCUCUGUAUAUAGUAUUCUUGCUCCUUGUGUAGGUCUUUGAAAUACAGCUAUUUCGAAAAAGGUUGUCGGAAAAAGUGCACGCGACAAUCCCGAAAGGUAUGCUGGGUGGUUUUGAGAUAACUGUUCUUCAUAGAAAUUUUGAAAGAAUGGCGCGAUAGGCCAUGGACUAUGUUUCCCAGCGCUAAAGCGAAGCAGCAAAAGUAGGUUCGACAGCUACAUAGUGUCAGAAACAGUGUAUUGAUCAUAUCCCAUAGUACCUUUCGGGAUUGUCGCGUGCACUUUUUUCCGACAACCUUUCUCGAAAUAGCUGUAUACCGAUUCAUAAUGAAGAUGUUCACACAUAUUCCAUACAAUAGGUGAGAUAAAUACAGGAAAUAAACGCAAGGUUCUAUGCACAGUUUCGGUUCGAUUUACCCAGCUUUGAUCAAAACAUUCUCAGUUUCCGGAAUAGUUAAUUCUAAACCGUAAGAAAAGAUUUAAUUAGAGGUUUAAUUUUUCGCUAUUUCUAUUUCACUUUUUACACUUAGUUCAUUUCAUUUGCCGGAAAGUAAGCCAUAGAAAUUAAAAGGACGUUUGAUUAAUUCACGCUCGCGCAUUCUAGUCUUAUUUUAAACUUUACUAGCGGAAGGACAUCUGUGAGCAAGGAAUAAGUCAGCACAGAAUUUGAUGGUCGGCGAAUUUCUGUAAUCGUCCAUCGUUCUGCUAGAGAUAAGCUAGCCGUUGAAUCAUUCACUCGUCUUGCUUGUUUUGGGCCGAGUCUUGUUCAGGUCAAAGAGAGAGAAAGGUGUCUGGCAAGGUUCAGCUGGCAAAGUCACUUAGUGUUAAAAUAUACACUGUUCUACGCACCUUAUAACUUCAUCUACGCUUAACGAGUGUCUUUUGGUCCAUAACUUUCAUAACAACUGCUCCACAGAAUGUCACAAAAUCUACCUAUUGUAAGCUGUUCCUUAAUAAUAAUAAUAAUAAUAAUAAUAAUAAUAAUAAUAAUAAUAAUAAUAUACAGUAUUUAUAGAGCGCUAAUUCCCAAUGGUCCAAAAGCGCUUUACAUAAUGAUUAAUUACAUAAUGAUUAAUGAUUAAUCAUAUUACUAAUUAUUAAUAAUGAUUAAUGAUUUUUGUGUUUUACGUCAUCCUAAGCAGUUCGUACUUACGGGCGCAAACAAUAGAAUCGUCAUCAUUAACUACCGAUUCCUCGCGGCCCCUGUUCAAGCAAAUCGAGAUUUUUUCUAUAUUGACUGUAUGACUGUAUAUUUCAACUGUAAGUACUUUCUUUAAUAUACGCGCGAGUUACUAGAGUGCCUCCUCGGGAUUUCGCCUCCUGGGCGAAAUCCCUGCGGGGGCAAUUAUUUGGCUCGGUAGUCACGGUGAAGACUCUAGUUAGAAAAAAGUAUUAUCCUUCAGUGCCGCCGUUUUGCGAAAAACGCGAGGCGCAAUACGGACAUAUUCAAUUUCUUCCAAAGCUGUCAUGGCUAAGCUGUAAUGCCGUCACAACUAAGAUACAUUAAGUUUAUAUCGCAAAAAAAGGACAGUGCUGGCCAAAGUAAAAUUAUUCCUUUCGAGGAAUAUAUUUUUAUCGAUCGCUGCGAAUUAAGCCGCGAAAAUAAAAAUGAAAAAACAAAACCGGAUCGAAAAAAAUAAACGAAAUCACCAAAAAACCGUUUUGGGAGAGUCGAAGGGAUUUUAUUAGAUAAGCUUCGAAAAUUGUACAUGAAAGGAACGGUCAUCUAGAAAUUUUUAGCCUUCCUCGAGUUAUAGAAAAUUUUAGGCAAUUUUUGCCUCUCCGAACAGAUAUUUCAGAGGAAACAGUCGUUGGGUGCCCCUGAAUAAAUACAAGCUCGCUGUUCCAAAACCCGCGCCGUAUUUUAUAAAAGAAGCCUUUCUCAUAGCGGAAAUGUGUUGUGGAACAGCUUGGCCGUGGAGGUGUGGCAAUUGACAUCCCUUUAUGUUUUUAAAGGAAAAUUAAGAAACUUUAAUUUAGAGAUAUGUAAUAUUUUAACACGGCCUCCUUGUAAAGCAUGCUUUUUAUUAUUAUUGUUUUAGUACCUGAACGAAAUACCGUGUAUAAGUAACGUUACCUUACCUUACCUUACCUUACCUCUGUGAUGUGCGUAAAUGGUUUUGGACAAUAGACUUCCUUUGACUAUAAAUCGUGUGCUUUAAAACGUUGUAUGUAGCUAUAAAGGAGUAGUCAAAGUGCCAUGUGUAUUGUAGCAUCACAUCGUUUUAUGGAAAACGUGUUGCUAUCUGAUGUACACCUAUGACAGUUUAUGUUUCUAAGCUCUGCCUAAAGAACACUGGGUUACACUGCACUCAUGGGUGCGCCACCUGAAGUGCAGCCUAUGUUUGUUAGCUAUACCUUAAGAAUUACUAGGUUACAGUGUACUCAUGGGUGCGCACCUAAAGUACAGCCUACGUUUGUAAGCUCUACCUACAGAAUCUCUGGGUUACACUACACUCAUGGGUGCGCCAGAUAAAGUACAGCCUAAGUUAUUUUAUUUUAUUAGAUUCGCCAACUAUUGGCAGGGUCACCGCAACAGCAUGACGCCAAUUACCGCGGGCCCGUAACAGUCCCCCCACCCCCCCCCCCCCCGCCCCCAUGAGAGGACCACACCACACCGGGGACUACGUCCCCUACUCUUUACGAACAGUGUAUGGGUUCUUUAACGUCACACAGAAUUUAUAUAUGCAAAGGUUGUGAGACGGGGCCCACGGUUUAUCGUCCUUAUCCGAGAAGACUAGAAAGUCUAACCGUUUGCAGAUGUCUUUACAAAGGCAGCACUUUCUCCUCAGUUAUUUAAAGACCCUGAGUGUUAGUCCGGCCUGGACUUGAACCAGCGGCCUCCCGCUCGGCAGACCGGCGCUUAUCCAACUGAGUUAACCGGGCGGCGGUUGUUGCUGGCUCUACCUAAAGAAUCACAGGGUUACACUACACUCAUGGGUGCGCCACCUUAAGUGCAGCCUAUGUUUGUUAGCGCUACCUACUGGUAAAGAAUCACUAGAUUACACUACACUCAUGGGUGCGCCGCCUAAAGUGCAGCCUACAAUAGUUUGUUAGCUCUACCUAAAGAAUCGUUGGGUUACACUGAACUCACAGGGCUUAAAAAGUUCUCGUUUGGCCCCCAGUCUCUUCAAAGAAAAAAGCUACAGUCCGUUUUGCCAAAAAUUAAGCUUUGUUUUCACUAAAUUUUACACCAUAUUUUGCCCCCCAAAAAGUAGAGGAGUUUUUUGCUAGGGUUAAUCAAGUUUGGCUUUCAUGAGUUUCAAUACAAAGGUGCAAAGCUGUGCAAAAAAAUUAUCAGCAUAAUUAUACCACGGAAACACUAUCAUCUAAUUCCUCGCAGGUAGCCGGAAUAAGCCAACUAAUGAAACAUUUAAUGAAAAAUCGUCCUCAAAUGGUCUCGAUAACUAAAUUAUACUACUUACUUAGCGAAAGAAACUAUUGUUUGUAUCCGUGUUACCCAUCGAAAAAGCGAGGAGUUAUCCCAUGACAUUAGGUAUAACAGAGAUAAUUCUCACGGGUUUCAAGAAUUCUAUGCCCUAUUUUUCGCCAGGAAACAAAUUUUUAAACUUCAAUUCUUACCUUACAGUAGUCGGUAAUGCCGUUAUUUUACCUUGCAUUCAACAACAAAUUAAAGGCGAACAAAGCGAUGAAAUCCGGCACUCUUCUUUUAUAAGUAGCACGCCGCACGAAGUAAAAUCGACCGAUAUGCACUGCAUUCUCACAACAAAUAUAAACAAAUGUCGUGGAGAAAAUACGACGAGGUAGAAAACAUGCCAUAUCUUCGCCUCGGCAAUGUAUCCCAGAUACCAAGCCAGCGUAUCUGCAGAAGGUGGACUCGAAGUCAGAGGCCUGAAAUUCAUCCGAUUGCUUCGAGUCGUUUUGUCCUCUCAACAACGUCUAAAUCGACCGGCCGUUAAUGCCGUCCAGUGACGUCACUCACUACCCGAAAACCGGGUAGUGAUUUUGAUUGGUUGAUGGUUUAAACUUUUUCAUAAUUAUGCAUAAUUAUGAAAAAUUUUAGCGGGAUUGUCGCUUGAUAUUCAGCGGAUCGCAUCCAUAACAUUUCCAUAAGCUUAAUAUUUAUCUUAAACAGCAAAAUUGCCCUUGUCUUCGAAACUGUGAAAUGCUAAAUUGAACUGCGAAUGAAGAAUCAUUGCGGAGAGUCGGUAGGUUUUUCAUUUAGAGCCGCUUUGUGGUUUCGGCGGCCGGUGAUUUGUUUACGCGAAGUGUUCUGAGAUCAAUGUUAUAAUUCGACCUUCUUGCUAUUUUCACCGUCAAGUGUAAUGAUUCUGUUAGCUUUUCUUUCUUGUUUCCUUGUCUUUCUUCUUCGUUAAGGACUAAAUAGCCUCUUUUCAAUUAAAGCAAAUCAUUGUGCUUUUGAACUAAGUGUCUCGCGUGUGUGUGUUUAUUUCAUUGCGUGAUUGCGACCGAGUUUGAUUAUAGAAUUCAGUACAACCGGUUCAGAGUUGUACUGCAUGCAGUUGAUAGUUUGAACGUUAAAAAAGGAAUUACGAUCGAAAAAAAUAAAGCAAUUCUGUAUCAUGCAGACAUUUCCAAACGAUAUUUCUAAGUUUACCACUUGUAUAUCGUGUUUUACUUGUUGCAUGAAUUAAAGCAAAGGCCAAGGAGUAGUGACGUCACUGGACGGCAUUAACGGCUGGUCGAUUCAGACGUUACUGAGGGGGUAAUAACGACUCGAAGUAAUCGUAUGAAAUUCAGGCUAUCAGAGACAAACCUUAACUUGUGAUUUUUUUACAAGGCCUUUGCGUGCAAACUAAUUUAUUCUGGCGCGAAAGGAAGAUUAACAAAAUGUAUACUGAAACCUAAUACACGACAAGAAAAUUUUCGCACUUUCGAGAAGCGCGACAUAUUAAAUGGGAUUAAGUCGGAUUAGCUGCCCGCGAAGAAAACACCUCUGCGUGGGAUUGUACUUCCAGUAAAAGCCAUUUGUGUCCCCUCAUGAGCCUUUUACAUUUUAACCUGAGAUCAGGCCCAAUUUUAGCGGUUCUCAUACAUUCUCUCCAUCUCUAACGGUUACCGCUAUUUUCGUUUCGCCUUGCCCGACGGAAUGUUAUUUUCAAAGCGUAACGAAAAUUGAGCCUGAUCUCUGGUUAUUUACAUUUAUACAACCUCGAUAGAAAGUUUUACCAUAAGGUGUAUAUUUUCUUUGAGGACAGACAUAGAAAACCAAACGAUAACCUUUUUUGAUACUAAUAACUAUAACGAAUCUUUACUACUCAAACUGUGCGGUUCGUGUUGAAAGAGUUCUCCUCUAAGUAGCGACAGAUCUAUGGGCUUUUCGAACCCGCGUUUUCUCCUUUUUUUUAAAAAAAAGUUGUUAUUAUUUUUCCCAGGUAUAUCCUUGCAAGCUUUUUUCCCUCGAAAUCAGUCUGCAGGAUAUUUUUUUCCUGAAAUCACCCAUAACCCUCUCAAAAGUUAAAUGGUCGGCACCUAAAAUCCGCCAAACACCUCCUCAGUUGACAGAUUCUGAUUUGUCAUUCACUUCUAAAGCCUUUGAAACAAUAGGGGACAAAAUUCUCAAGGGGAGAGGGGAGAAAUUCGUUUCUACUUAUCUACCAAACAUUCUCGGAUAGAUAGUUUAACAAAUUUUCUUAACCAUGGUGCACCGCUGCGCGCGCGAGAGCUCCGCUAAUAAUAAUUCAAAUGCCAGUCAACCGUUAGAAAUAAAAAAUUAUAUUAGAUAUCUUGGUAUACUCAUUGAUUCGAACCUUUCAUGGAAAUUUCAUAUAGAUUACAUUUGUCAAAAAGUCAGUAAAACAAUCGGAAUUAUCGCCAAGCUCAGACAUUUUGUUCCCCGUUAUGUACUUCUCACUUUAUACCGCUCCUUAUUUUUACCCUAUAUCAGCUAUGUUAUCUGUGCUUCGGGUCAUGUUGCUGAAACGCAUCUUCAUAAACUACUAGUUCUUCAGAAGGGAGCCCUUAGGCUAAUGUUCUUCGCUGAUCCAAGAACUCAUGCAGUUCCGGGAUUGUUCUUAGAAACAAUUGAAAACAGUUGCCGCGUUGUUCUUGCUGUUGGAGCAAAUGAGCCUUUUGAUGUACGAUGUCCAUAAUAAUCUCGCUCCUGCAUGAUAACAUUAAAAAUAUGUUCACGAAACUAUCUUCUGUCCACAAUUAUAACCGGACUAGAUCUGUUACUAAUGAAAAUUACUAUGAUUAACAAGUUAGAACUGAAAAUUUGAAGCAAGCCAUCUCUAUUUUCGGAGCUAUCAUUUGGAACAGUAUUCCACUUUCUAUCAAAACACUUUAAAAAAAUCAACUUAUAAGCGAACUAAACGGAAAACUCUUUGAAAUAUUCGAAAAGAAGACGACUAUAUUAGAGUUUCUGAUAUUAGAGUGCAAUUCUCAAAAUCAUAACAUUGUGUACUUUCGGUAUUAACUACAGUCUGCCUUCCUGUCUCACUCGGGCUAUAAACCACGGGACAAACUAGAUUGCUUCUAGGAUUGCUCGUUUAAUAUUUAUACCUGGAUUUUUGAAAACCGGGUUCGCAAAAAUAUCAACUCAUUCUACUACUUGGCAAUUUAAAACAACAAAACUCAUUCAAAGGCCGAUUAAAAGCCUUUAUAUGAGACCGGGCAGUAUGUUAAUGGUCCCUAGAAGCAUUCCAACGAGUCCAAAUUUAAAAUGACGCAAAUUUUAGAACAUUUAUUCAGUAAACUGACUUCGCGAAGUUUAAAGGCGGUGUCAUUUCAGAUAGUAAUUCUGUCUACAUCCACUUCUACACAAAUCCCUAACCACAAGACAAGCCAAAAAAAUACGAUAUAAGCAAACAACACAGUAAACAAGCUAUUAGACAGGGGAGGUUGAGAAAAAUUACAAAAUGUUUGCUAACCCGGUUUUCAUAACUCCGGGUAGAUAUAUGUAUAUAUUUAUUAUAGAAUUUUCUUUUUUUCUCUUGUGCCCGCCUCGAAUAGCCCUCGCUAAUUGUGGGCACGAGCUUUGUAAGCUAUACUUAACUUGAAGUAAACUUGUUGUUGUUUUUCCUGAUAAUUCGAAACAAAGUGAAUCUAACUUUCCUUCAAUAGUCAAACACUGUAUUUUGCCCCCAAUUUUUCAAACCUACCGAUAUAAUAAUUCGAACCAAUUUCCGUUUCCUAAGGUGGUUCGAAAAAUCGAGAUUCUACUAUACUAGGAGUGUCAGUUGACAGUUAACUGAACCUCUUAUUCGGACCAUUAACCAACUACUUGAACAUUCUCUAUAUGAAGUGUGAAACGUUUCUUUUUCUUUCAGAGAAUACGUAUAUACUACAACCAGGAAACAUUCCAAUUUUGUGAAUUCACCCAUGGCGGGCAAGCCAGUUACAGCGUUACCAGGAAUCGGUCCAGCUUGGGGAAGACGGCUAAAUGAAAAAGGAUUUUUAUACGCCACUCAAAUCUUAGGCCAAUACCUCCUGUUCAAUCAAAAUCCACAAGAUUUUAUACCAUGGUUACAAAACCUAUUUGGAAUUUAUAGGGGUUGGUGUGUUUACAACGCCUUGCUUGUCUGGUGCCAGCAUCAUCUGUAAUCGCAAAUUCCACACCACAACUGGCCACGCUGUUUAAAUAACUAAUCUGUGGAACUAAUGUAAACGAACGGACAAAAAUAGACUAAAAAUUAUCCAUGUUCCAGCUCUGCAUCAGCAAUCUUCAAACUACAUUCAAGACCUUAUCACCCGCUACUUACCUUCUAGAUCGCUUCGGUCAUCCUCUACGCUCAGUCUGAAUCCUGUCAGCUUCAACCUUAAGACCUAUGGAUCUAAAGCAUUCUCUGUCACAGCCCCCGAGCUUUGGAAAAGACUACCUGACGACAUACGUCCAUGCGAGAAUCUAAGUCUUUUUAAACGCAAACUUAAAACCUACCUUUCUAAGAACUUUUACUUUAGUCAUUAGGAAGACUAAUGUUCUUCUUCUUCUUCUUAUGUUGUUGUUCAUUUGAACUAAAGUUGUAUUGACAGACGUCUUGUCGAGAUUUGUUGUUGUUUUUCUUUAUUAACUUUAUUUUUCUGCUUAAUUAACGAUUCUGCAAACAGUAUACAUGUUAUACAUUACUUAACCUUAUACAAUAUACUUAUGAUAGGAAGGAUUUCCUCAGAGUGUUUUAUUUUGAAGUCAGGACGCGCUUAUUAGCUAUUAGUGUUUAAACUAAGAAGCGUUAAGCUGGUAAUUAAUGACAUUUGAAAGUUUUAGCUUUGGCUCUUUUCGCUUCAGACAUAAGAUUUUUAUAAGACAUUUUACUGUUUACAAUUAGCUGCAUUCAGCCGUGGCGGUUCGUGCUAUUUUUGAAAUGCCUUGUUUUAUGCUUUGCUUAAUAACCCUACAAAAGCCAACAGCGGCCUAUUCUUAGUACAAGCAGAACAAACCUAAGAUUAUUUAAUAGUAUUAGUUCACUUUUAGUAAUGAUUUCUAAAAGUAUUGGUCUUCUGAAUAGUAGUGCUUUACUUUAACAGGGGCACCCAACGACGGUUUCCUCCUACACACAUUUAAAACACUUUUUAGGCUAUCCAGAGAACAUUUAGGUAUCUAGAAAUGCAUUAUAAGCGGCGCUAAAAAAUUUGUACCUGUUCGGUCAUCCCAGGGCAAUUUGAGUCUGUUCGAAAUUAUUAGGGCUACAGUAUUACUUUCCCGAAAAUUUAAGAUGCAAUUCAACGUUUUACGAAAGUGGGAAUUUUUCAAAUUCUUCUCUACAUCGCAUUUUUGAAUCCGAAAAUUUUAAGUUCCCUUUUUACUAUGAAAAAUAGCCAACCUGGGGAGUAAAAUGUGAAAAAUUAAACUUCAGAAAAUCGUAGCGGAUUUAUUGGAAAAGCUUCGAAAAUUGUACAUGAAUGGAACAGUCGUCUAGAAAUGUUUAGCCGUCCUCAAGUAUUAGAAAAUUCUAGGCAAUAUUUGCUUCUCCGAACAGAUAUUUUGCAGAAAACAGUCGUUGGGUGCCCCUGACUUUAAUUAUUUUUCUUAAUUGGCUUGUUCUACAACAGAGCGGCAUUUCACUGUAACACCUUGUUAAGCGAAUGUAGCUCGUCUUUGAUUGAAGUAUUCUUGAGCGAUCACGUAGUUUCUCUGCAAAUAUAAUAGUUCUUAGUUUACUUCCGUAAAUAGUCGCUUCGUCUAAAUUUAGAAUUUCAAACGUUUUGCUGACCUGCAAUUCGGAAAAUGUCUGCUUUUGUUGAGGGUGAAAAACUAGGCAAUUAGACAGUCCUGCUAUGUGCCGUUUGUAUUCACAUAGCGAAAAUACGUGCCUAAAAACCUCCUUGCUGACUUGGCAAACUUCGCUAGUUUAUUGUUCUAGUACUUUUUAGAAUCUGCAACAAUAAUUUUCGCUUAACUUCGAACGAGUGUGUUUGUAUAUCUAUUGUACUCUUUUUUAUUGAGUACCUGUGGUAAUGGUACAUAAGUAAUUAACUUACAAAUAGUUUGUUGUAAUUUUUGAUUACAUCGAUUACACCGAUUACAUUGUCAACUACACCGAUUGCUUCAAGUAGGUGUACAAGAAUAAACGCAGUUGGAACC